AGACUGUCCUCAAUGCCCGUCCCGCAACUCUCUGGUCUCUACAACGAGCUGGUACGCGCAUUUGAUGCGCAACCUUCAGAUUUGAAGAAAUGCGGCCAGCUUCUUGCACAGCUGAAGAUCGCUCUUAUUGAGACGGGCUUGCUUUUCCCCCAGCGAGACCAGAACCUGGAAGAUCUGGUAGUAGCUCGUGAUGUCCUCGAAAUCGGUGCAUUUUGGAGCAUACGGACGACAGACGUGCCAUCUUUCGAUCGGUACUUCUCACAAUUACGAACAUUCUAUAAUGACUUCAGUACUGUCCUCCCUCCAUCCAAGCGGGAGUUCCCGAUCCGCGGACUGAACCUCAUCCAUCUCCUCAUUCAGAAUCGAAUAGCCGACUUCCACACUACCCUCGAGUCUCUUCCUCUCCCCGCCGACGAGCUUGCUCUCAAUCCUUUCAUCAGUCACCCUGUCAAUCUUGAGCGAUGGCUUAUGGAAGGAAGCUACAGCAAAGUGUGGAAUGCGCGUGAAGACGCGCCUGCCGCCGAGUACGCGUUCUUUGUGGACAGUUUGGUUGGCACAAUCAGAAAUGAGAUCGCGAGCUGCGAGGAAACUGCGUAUGAGAGCCUCCCUUUGAAGGACGCAGCGACGCUGUUAUUUUUCAAGACUCAAAAUGAAUUAUUGGCUUUUGCACAACAGCGGGGUUGGCAAAUUAAUCUGACCGCGGGAACGAUCACAUUUGCGCAGAAGGGAGAGGAGAAGAUGGAGAUUCCGAAAGAGAAAUUGAUCGCAAAUAAUCUAGCCUACGCUCGUGAACUCGAGCAGAUUGUGUAAUAGAAUUGUACUCCGUGGGCAUUCAUUAUGGAUCUUGAUCAGUCCUGCUUCAGUAGGCGAACUU